AACUUUCAAUCUCGGAACGGACCGGUUACUGUGGGUCAUUUCCCCGGUGGUACAUGAUUGCCGAUGUUCUUCCAAGUUCUGUCUAUCCUCAAGCCGUGUAUGUCUAUAAUAAGAAUGACUACCUCAUACUCAACACUGACCGCAAUGAUGCCCUUUAUGGUAGUUUACAGCAUUACUUCUAUGUUGCCAAUGAUAACUCAACCAACAGUCUCAACCAAUCACACGCCGUGUACAUGAUGACGAAGGAUUUUCACGGCAUCACCCAUGUUACGAGUCUCCUCCCCAGGACAAGUUUCAGCAGCGCGGAUAAUACUUUCUUUGUUAAGAAAUUUGUUGACAUUGAAGAAGAUGAAAGCAAGUGUGAACAUGGGUGGACGUAUUUGAAUGGAAAGUGCUAUAAGAUAUUUUGUGAAAGUAAUACGAAAUGGAACGAAGCCAGAGUAGGCUGCAUUGAAAACGAGGCUGAUUUAGCAUCUCUUCCAAACGAUAAAUUGAAAGUCGCUACAGAGUAUUUUAACCAAAUACAAGUUCGGCUUUUUGGGAUACAAACUGUAGCUGUCGGCUUACACAGAAAAGGUCUGGAGUGGAAAUGGCUCAAUGGUCUUGGGUAUAAUGGCACUGUGUCGUCCAAGCGAGUGGAUAAAGGUCGGUUGGCCUGGAAAAAUGAAAUGAAUGAUUGGAUUCUAGAAGCAGCUAUAGAUCCUUUCCAUUCAACCUUUGAAAAGCCCUCGGAUGUAUUUUUUUGCGAGAAAAUGAGAGUUCAGCUGUCGGGCAAUGGUUCUGUCGUUGUUGAUAUCUUCCUGAAUCUAUUCUGGAUUUUACCAGGUGAACUACAUGUUGAUUUUGCGUUUGAAACCGAGGGUCAUCUUAACACGAUUGUUGGCAAACCUACUUUGAUUACUGGUGUGUUUGAAAGUCGUUGCGUAGGGUUUUAUUGUGGCUACUGUUACCUUGUCGUGUUCAUGACAUUUGCUGGUCGUGUUCAGUGUAAGCUGUUAAGCAACCAAACCACCAGCCAUACUGGUUCAAUUAUGAUAAAUUUGGCUGACUGGGUUUUACAACCUGGUAUCUACGAUGUCAAGAUGGGGUACCGAAGUAACGGAGAUUGCGCAGAAAUCAUGAAUCUACCUGAACUUGGAACAGAUUCAAAAUGGAAAUUAGAAGUCGUUGGUCGCGUUAGGGUGAAUCGUAAGUGUAAAUCAAUCCUCGAGCGCUCUUGA